GAAGAAAACCCAUCCUCCAUCUAUUAAAAUCUUAGGAAAAUGGAUUAUCUUUCUCCAUUUUUGAACACCUCAAUAGUAGCCUGGAUCUUUGUCUCUCUUUUCCUCCCUUUAUAUCUAUUAAGCUUAAAGAAAUGGAAAUCCAGAGCUUCCAAGGCCAUAUUGGCACCCCAACCAACGGGUGCAUGGCCUUUAACUGGUCAUUUUUCUUUGUUUUCAGGAUCCGAGCCUCAUGUCACGUUGGGUACACUCGCUGAUAAAUAUGGUCCCAUCUUCACUGUACGGGUUGGGGCUCACCCUGUUCUCGUAGUGAGCAGUUCAGAGGUGGCUAAGGAAAUAUUCACUGGUAUCAAUGACAUGAUUGUAACCUUCCGUCCAGCAUUGGUAGCCGCAAAAUUUAUGGGCUACAACUAUGCUUUCUUUCCUUUUAACCCCGGCGGUCCAUAUUGGUCUGAAACUCGUAAAAUAUCAAUCUUUGAACUUCUCUCUAACCGCCGGCUUGAGCUUCUCAAGCAUAUUAGAAUCCAGGAAGUGGAGAGUUCCAUGAAAGAGUUGUACAAAGCAUGGCAGGACAAAAAGGUUGUUGAUAUGAAGCAAUGGUUCAGUGACCUAAAUUUGAACGUGCUUCUUAGGAUGAUUAUAGGCAAGAAAUAUUUUGGUGGUGGUGCUGUUGGUGACGAGAAAGAAGGGCGAAAGUUUCAGGAUGGAAUAACGAAACUUUUUUAUUUUCUGGGGACGCUUGUUUUGAGGGACGCUGUUCCAUUUCUUGGAUGGAUGGAUGUGGGUGGACAUGAGAAGGCAAUGAAGAAAAUUGCUAAAGAAAUAGAUGAUGUUUUGGAGAAAUGGCUAGAAGAACAUAAGCGAAAUAGGUGUUUGGGUGAAGAAUCUAAAGAAGAACAAGACUUCAUGGACGUCAUGCUUUCGAUUCUUGAUGACAAAAGCCUUGAAGGUUAUGAUGCUGAUACAAUCAAUAAAGCCACAUCCUUGAGUAUGAUUGCUGGGAAUGAGACAGUUACAGUUGCAAUGACGUGGGCACUUGCACUACUGCUGAACAAUCGACAUGCAUUGAGAAGUGCACAAGAAGAACUCGACAAAGUUGUUGGCAAGGAACGAUUAGUGAAUGAAAAAGACAUCAGCAAACUUGUUUAUCUCCAAGCCAUAGUUAAAGAAACGCUACGUCUCUACCCACCAGCAUUUAUCCCUGGGCCUCGUCAGUUCACUCGGGACUGCACCAUAGGUGGCUAUUAUGUCCCAAAAAACACUUGGCUAAUGGUUAAUGUUUGGAAGAUACAAAGGGACCCUCGUGUGUGGCCAGACCCAAUGGAGUUCAAGCCAGAAAGGUUUCUCACAACCCGUAAGAACGUUGAUGUCAGGAGCCAAAACUUUGAGUUGCUUCCAUUUGGAGGUGGCAGAAGAGCAUGCCCUGCAGCAUCUUAUGCGCUCCACAUAGUGCAUUUGACAUUAGCCACUUUGCUGCAAGCUUUUGAAAUUUCCACUCCCGAAGAUGCAGCUGUUGAUAUGACUCCUGGCAUUGGACUAACAAAUAUGAAAACGACCCCCUUGAAAGUUGUCGUAUCACCUCGGCUGCAGCCCUGUUGUUUUGAAUAAUGAGCAAUAUGGCUACAGUCACUCCCGUAUCUAGGGGCCGUAUCAAGGGUUAGCCAACUUUGCAUUCGUGCAAAUAAAUAAAUCAGUCGUUGUAGAACCUGCAUAGGUUGUCUUUUGUUGUAAUAAUUCCUGUGAUUAUAUGUUAAUUGCCAUUGUCACUGGUGUGCAGUCUACUCGGAUUUGCACUCUGGAAGUUUGUGUGACGUUUUCAUUUAUAUGUGUAAUCAAGAAAAUGAUGAAAUAAAUAAAAAGAAAAUGAUAUAUUAUUU